CUGCGCGGCGCGGCGGCACCGGAGAGGCUUGGCCGGAUGGGGGAGCCGCCGCCGCCGCUCCUGCUCCUCCUGCUCAGCCUGGCCGGGCGCGGAGCGGCCGCCGGGGAGUCCAACUUCCAGCAAGAUCUGCCCCCUGAAGAGCACUACCACUGCCUUGGCAAGCCCUGGCCCAUCCCCCAGCAGGGGUGCCGGACGCUGUCCAAGACCUACCAGGCAGAGGAGAGCAAGAUUGUGGCGGAUGCCGAAAUCGUCUACAAUCAGAGCAUUCCUCACAGUGGGCCACACAGGCCAUUUGGGGCAGCACCAGGAGAGUACCAGUAUUGCCCCCCUCAGCGCUGGCUGCACAACUUGAAGCAGGGUGGAGUGGCCUUCCUCUACCACCCUUGUGCUCACCCCUCCCUCCGUGGCCAGCUGACCCUCCUUGCCAGAGCCUGCCUGCCCGAUUACAUCCUCACCCCGCACGAUGGCCUGACUCAAGAAUGGCCCCUGGCGCUGGUGGCAUGGGGUGCCACCCUGCAGAUGGCGAAGGUGGAACUGGCCCACGCUAUGGCUUGGCUGAAGAAGCAUGCCACCCAAGAGAGCAGAAGCAAGCCCUGGGUGGGCAGGAGGUAUCGCCAUCUGAUGAAGCGCCCGGCAGCGCGUUACAUGGACAGAGCUGUGUGCCCAGCACAUCGGAUGCAGGCUUUGCAGAAGCUUUUCUGCCAUCUGGAUACCAGCCGGAGCCGGCGGGAGCUGCUGGCGUCAGACAAGCAAGGCCCAGAGCAGCUUCCUCGUCCCCAUGGCUCCAGCGACCGGAAUUCGGCCGGAGCUAAGGAGGAGAGAGCCGCCGCAGCCCUUCCUUCUGCUUCUCCUUGCCCGCAGGCCAAGAGGAAGCGCGUUCUCGAGGCAGCAGAGGCCAGGGGAAGCUCCCAGCUGCCUGCAGUGCUGCAGUCACUCCGCCUCAGACUGGGGAGCAGACCUUUGGUGACAACUGCCCAGACCCCAGGGGGAGUUGCUCAGAAGCGGGAGUGCCCUUGCCCGGAGGGAGGAGAUCCCAACCAAGGCCCCGGCCUGCAGCUGAAGGCAGCCAAAGGGCAGGAGGCAGGGGGACGCGUACCUACGCCUCGCACCGAAGAAGCCGCCUGGGCAGCCAGCGCGCUUACCUUCUUGCUGGUCACAUUGACACUGGCUGUCUUGUAUACGCGGCUCCACCGGAACUGUCGCCGCGGGCAGUCUCUCUACUGGACGAUGAGCGGCGAAGACGGGCGUGAGACGGUGGCCACGGUCAUCAAACGUCGGAUCCUGUCGGCACAGAGUCGGCGCAAAAAGAGACUCCGGCAGCAGAAGGUACUUCUGCAGACGACAUCUAGUGAGAGCUCCGACUAGAGCCUGGGGCGGGGGGGGAGUCGCUUUCGGUGUAAAGAAUCGUGGCACUCGUGGGGGCUGGAAAGGUGCCCGUUGGCACAAUCCUGACACCGCCUUGGCCUUGGGAGGAGCUGGCUCCUCGCCUUGACGAUUCUGGGGGUUUUUUUUCCUACCAAAUAAAAUAUAUCUUUCUUA